AUGCGGCGGGGUCCAGGCAUUGUUGCUUUGGACAGAAAAAACGCAUCGACUGGUCAAUACACCUGCAUAUCUCAACAAUGGAAUGAAUCAAAGCUACUUGAACUAAAUGAGCGUAUUGAUGACUUUUCUCGUGCUUUGAAGUCAUUUGCUGUCAGACAUCAACGCGACAUACGUCGAAACCCCCAAUUUAGACAUGCAUUCCAACGCAUGUGUGCUAACAUGAUGGUAGACCCAUUAGCUGGUCGUCCCCCUUCAGUUGAUGCUGGUGGAAGACUUGGGCAAGUUGCAAAUCUUUGGAGUCAAUUUUUAGGGCUGGACGAUUGGCAAUACGAGCUAGGCGUGCAGAUCGUGGACGUCUGCAUUAGUACACGCCCUCAAAAUGGUGGUAUCAUUUCGAUGAAUGCCUUGAUAGAUGGCGUAAUGCGACUCCGUCAUUGUGACUCUAUGUAUUCCCAGGCAUCAUCUAAAAACGUUGAAUGGAAAAUCAGUGAGGAGGACAUUGAGCGUAGUAUUCAGGCUCUUCAUCCUCUUGGCUGUGGAUACGAAGUAUUCGAUUUACUAGGUGCCAAAAUGAUUCGAACCAUGGCUCGUGAGCUUAGCUCUGAUGCAUUGCACAUCUUGAACAUUCUGUCUUCCCAAUAUAUGGCUCCUCGCGACUGUUUAAGUAAUACUUAUGUUACAGCCGAGGUAUUGGCAUCUUGUUCUAAGAAUAAUGAUGUGCCUGGUGAAAAUCCUACUUGGUUGCCAGAGCGAGCUAAGCAGUCUCUUGAUGAUAUGCUUUUAAAUGACGGUACUCUCUGGCUGGACAUUAUACCUACUGAUGUGAACAAUGAACCUGAACAAAAUAGGCGGCGAUAUUAUGCCUUCUCUCUUUUUUCCGGUGAAUUUAGCUCCGGAUCCUUUACAGGUAAUGGUGUUUCAUCUUGA